GGGAAGCUCGACGCAUGCUUCUUUCCUUAAUGUUGCUCGGCUCGGGGGAUUCAAGUGUUGCACGGUGUUUAGUGGCUCGCGUUAGAUCUCCGUUGAUCAUUCUAGCCGGCUCGUGGAUCGCGUGCGAUCCGUGAAUCACGGGUGGAUCGCGUUUCAAACAUUUUCGUCGACCGUCAGCCUCUCGGCAUCCCGUGAGUGUGUGAUCCCGUUUUCAACCGGCGCGCUUGUGAAACUUCCAAAGGACAUCCCUUUCCUGACUCCUUUCUUCUGGUUUCGCCCGUACAAAGAGCUUGUGAGACGAUUUCGUAAGCUGUGAUUUUGCAUGACCUCGGUUCCACGAGUUAUAAUUGACUUCUAUUUAAAGCUAUGGAUGAUGAGGUUAUCGGUGGAGGCCAAAAUAGCAAGAGAUCACCAAUGACCCUAAACGUCAGUGGGCUAUGGGAUGUCGUUCCUCGGUUAGAUCAUUACAGAUUGAGUCGCCGUGCUAAGAGACCAUCGCUAAGCACUCUACAUGAAGGGAAUCUUAUAAAGGACACGAAUAUAGAGGCUGGUCAAGUUGGAACGACACAGCAAGGACACACAGGAAUAAAACUAGGAUGGAUCCAGGGUGUCCUUAUACCAUGUCUGCUCAAUAUAUGGGGUGUAAUGCUUUUCCUACGACUGUCGUGGGUGGUCGCACAGGCUGGCAUACUGCAGAGCGUUAUCAUUAUCGGAAUAUCAGCGGCUGUCUGCGUCAUCACAACGCUUAGCCUCAGUGCAAUUAGUACUAAUGGAGAAGUAAAGGGAGGUGGUAUAUACUUCAUCAUAUCACGAACCCUGGGGCCGGAAUUCGGAGCUUCUGUGGGCAUUGUUUUCGCAUUUGCAAACGCUGUUUCGGCUUCGAUGAACACCAUUGGUUUCUGUGACUCCCUGAACGAUUUGCUACGGGAGCACAACUUGACUAUCAUCGACAAUGGAGUGAACGAUGUCCGAAUUGUGGGCACAAUCGCGCUAAUCGUUAUGAUCAUGAUUUGCGCAGUCGGGAUGGAAUGGGAGUCAAAGGCACAAAAUUUCCUCAUAGCCAUCAUUGUUGCAGCUAUUUUUGAUUUUAUAAUUGGCGCUAUCAUAGGACCUAAGGAUAUAACUCAGGAAGCCCAAGGAUUUCUUGGUUUCUCCACGGACGUUUUUAUGAAGAACAUGGGUCCGGAUUAUCGGUUUUCCGAGAACAGCAAUCAAACGUUCUUCUCUGUAUUUGCCAUUUUCUUUCCGUCCGUAACUGGAAUUCAAGCUGGUGCCAACAUUUCCGGCGAUCUGAAAGAUGCAGCAAGCAGUAUACCGAUUGGAACCCUCCUCGCGUUACUAAUUUCGAUGCUGAGUUACGUCACUUUCGUCCUCUUUGCCGGUGGCGCGGCUUCGAGGGAUGCUAGUGGCCUUGUCGGUGCAAAUAAUACUUUUAUAGACUGCAUUCCACACGUCAAGUGCACUUAUGGAUUGCACAACAGUUAUUCGGUGAUGCAGCUUAUGUCAGUUUGGGGUCCACUUAUCUACGCCGGUUGCUUUGCCGCAACUCUCUCUACAGCUUUAACUAAUUUACUAUCGGUUCCACGAUUAAUACAGGCAUUAGGACAAGACAGAAUUUAUCCCGGUUUGAUAUAUUUUAGCAAAGGCUACGGAAAACAUGGUGAACCUUACCGUGGAUAUGUCCUCACGUUCUUUGUUGCAGCAUUAUUCCUUUUAAUAGCAAACUUGAACGCGGUAGCUCCUCUGAUUUCAAACUUCUACCUGGCGUCGUACGCGUUAAUUAAUUUCUGCACGUUUCACGCGGCAUUUAUCCGACCACUUGGAUGGCGACCUACCUUUAGAUUUUACAAUACCUGGUUGUCUUUAUUCGGCUUCAUUACCUGCGUGUCCAUAAUGUUCCUCAUUGAUUGGGUAACAUCGCUUGUCACAUUUGUUAUCAUCUUCGCGUUAUAUCUGAUAGUGGUCUAUCGAAAACCAGAUGUGAAUUGGGGCAGUAGCACACAAGCUCAGACCUACAAGACUGCACUCUCUAUCGUUUAUCGAUUGAAUUCCAUCGACGAACACGUGAAAAAUUAUGCUCCUCAAAUAUUGGCGUUGACCGGACUUCCUGGCGCUAGGCCAGCGUUACUACAUCUGGCAAAUCUCAUCACGAAAAACCAUUCGCUGCUAAUUUCCGGCGAAAUAUAUCCGACUCGUUUAUCUUACCGUUUACGAUCAGUGAGAUUGAGAAAUGGUUAUACAUGGUUAAAUCAACAACGUAUCAAGUCGUUCUAUCAUGUGGUGGAGGAUUUGAGUUUCGAACGGGGCGCAUCGGCCUUGAUGCAAGCAACAGGCGUUGGAAAAUUGGCACCAAAUGUAGUUCUAAUGGGCUACAAAACGCACUGGUCGACAUGCAACCACAAGGAUCUUCAAGAAUAUUUUAAUGUUCUUCAUAACGCGUUUGAUCAAAAACUAGCGGUAGCAAUGUUACGUAUUGCAGAAGGUUUGGAUUGUUCCGAAGUUGCAACUGCGAACGGCGAUGAAGAACACGGCGCUCUAGCACAGAGUAGCUACGAUUUAACAGGAAGCACUUUGAUGCACGUGGACAGCAAUUUGUCUAUGUCCAGUCAGAUUCCAAGAGUUCAGAGUGUGCCAACUAUGGGAACUCAAUUCGUUCCUAUAGAUGGACCACAAAUAAUCAGGGAUUCGCCUACUCAUGAAAGCGCUCGAGACCACUUGAAACAGAAAAGAAAAUAUGCGAUAGAUAAACUAAUAGAGAAACGACAUACUAUGACAGCUGUCCCUGAACGCUUAGCGAUCUUCCAAAGGAAACACAAAAACGGCACGAUCGAUGUCUGGUGGCUAUAUGACGACGGAGGUUUGACGAUUCUUUUGCCAUAUAUUAUUAGUACACGCUCGAAUUGGGAGCAUUGUAAAAUGAGGAUUUUCGCGUUAGCCAACCACAAACAAGACAUCGUGGCACAAGAAAAAGAGAUGGCCGAGAUCAUGACUAAAUUCAGGAUAAGAUAUACCAGUUUGAAAAUGGUAGACGACAUUAGCGUUCAACCAAAACAAGAAACGCAAGAUUUCUUUGAUAAGCUAAUAUCUAAUUUCCGAAAGAAUGAUCCUGGUGAUACAGAGUGUUGCGUGACAGAUCUUGAACUUCAGUCUUUGAAAGACAAGACACAUAGGCAGUUAAGACUGCGAGAGUUAUUAUUGGAAAAUUCCAGUCAAUCCAAGUUGGUUGUAAUGUCACUACCUAUGCCACGAAAGGGUGCCGUUUCAGCCCCGCUUUAUAUGGCAUGGCUAGAAGCUCUAACCAAAGAUAUGCCACCGACACUUUUAAUACGUGGAAAUCACACUUCAGUGUUAACGUUUUACUCGUAGUUCACCGAUAUUAUUGUAAACAAUAAUAUAAUUUUAACGUCUAGAUGAAUUUAUGUUGAAUAGCAUCACGAACAAAUGUACGAAACGUGUCUAGAACAAAGAAGACAUUUUCUGAUGCAGAGAGACAGUAUUUCCUAUAUUCAUGCCAAAAAUUGUAUUAUUACUAUGAUCUGUUUUUCUCUUUACACAGUAUUCAUCAACGUCAAGCCCAAUAGUACUUAACGAAGAGUUUAUUUUAGCGUAGAAAUGAAAGACAACAGUAUAAGAACUUCAAUAAACGAUAGUGUCGUAGUUUCGAUACUAAUAGGACUUCAGCGCGCUCUAAUGAAAAAGCACACAAUGCAAACUACUGGAGAGCGUAUUGUGGUUUUCGACGAGUAGUUAUUUUAUUUUGUUAGUGAUAAAUGACUUUUAUAUCGCGCGUACAUAUUAGAUAUAAUGCUAGAAAUAUAUUAUUGACAAAGUAGAAUGCAAUAGAGAGACUAGAUGUUUGAUUGAACACGAUAAAUAUCUUAAGCACAAGUUGGACUUAAUGACAUGUAA